AUGUCUGCGCUCUCGCCGUCGGCUCUCACGGCCAUGCGAUUAAACGCAGAGAGCGACACCACCAGCUGGACGAGGCCUCGACGCCAGACAAACCCGGAUCUUGUCCAUCGGCCGUCCGUUUUGCUUCGCCAGGCCACACGUCGCAGCGCCGAUGUGUCGAGCAGUCCUUCGUCCCCCCUGACGCCGGACCAACGGCCGCGCACCGCCCACACGCAUGUUUCCAGUAGUGCCACCGCGACGCCGACGAAAAGACACUCGGGCUCGUCCCAUCGGUCAUCGCUCAGUGUAAGCGCGCUGUCGAAUCCUGCGCUGGCCGAGAUUCCGUCGCGCAAAUACAACGCGCUGCGCCUGUCGACGGGCUCUGUUGACGGGAGUCCCGAGAGGAGCAACAUCAACAACAACCACCACAAUCACGCGGGUCUUGGCACACCCCGUGAUCCCGCUGCACCUGCCACGAGCAACUUCAACUUCAACGGCAACCCCAACUCCAUGUCCAACGAUUCCUCCUCGUCCUCGUCCUACUUCCCCCAAUCCAGCCCCAGCUCUGAGCUUCGGCCCUCCUCGUCCUCUUCCGCCUCCACAAGAAGAGCGCCCGCAUCGGCUUUCACCCCCCCGGCCUUCCAGGACCGCCUGUUGCGCCCACCGCAGACUACCACUCAAGAAUCGCCCAGCAUAGAUGCCGUCUUGAAAAGCAACAAGUCCAUCCUCAAAAAGGCUGGAUCGACGGCAACCCUUGCGUCUCCCUCCCGUCGGCGCCGUGGGUCCACCCCGCUGUCUCCCCGAAGCGGCCCCUCGAGAAUGGAUCCAACAAUCACUGGUUCGUUUGAAGAACAAAGCGCGGACGAGCUGAAAGACUACAGCACCGAUGACACUCGCUCGAGGAGCGACGACAUUUUCCUGAACAUCGCCAAAUCAAGUGUGAGUAGCCGGCGCGACUCCCUCGGCAAGUUGGACCGGAGAAGGAAGCUAGGCUUGUCGACUCGGAGUUCACUUGUUAAAGAGCAGAGUCCUUCUCCCGAACAGCUGAAAUACCAGAGCAGCCCGCUCUAUUCCCAAAACGCCUCGCCUUUGUUUACCUCCAACUACUCAACGUCUGCAUCAGCUCAUCCGCUGGAUGACAACUCUCGGCUCCGCCACCUCAAUAGCAGUUCUAGAUCCGUGAUCAACGUACCACGCAGUCGUUACAACCGUGACUUGUCUCCAGAGUUACCACAGCUGCCACUGCCGGACUUGAAAACUUCCAUUGCCGAUGCGCGCUUCAGAUAUUCGAAUAUAUCGAAUUUAUCGUCGCGAACUGUGCGACAAGCGUCUCCGUCCGAUGGGGAGAAGACCCGACACGAUGGGACUACGGAGUCGAGCUUGUCCACGACGGCCCCCUCUACGGUGUGGGAUGAACUGGAUGAUCUCAAAUCCCGAAUAAGAAAGCUCGAAUUAACGGGCAAAUUCCCAUUGUCGUCUGCUGCUGCCAUGUCUAGUGUCUCGGGCGAACGUCCUCGUACAGCAACUACAACGGCCACAACAUUGUCUUCGUCACCGAAACAAAAACAUACUCGCAAGUCUAGUGUUACUUUGGAAACUACAUCUGCUGCAACAACCACCAAUUCGAUACAGACCCUGUUGCAGUCGGCUUUGACCAAAGCUAAGCCUGUAGUGGGCCCAGACGUAUUCAAUGCACUUGAAGCAACUGCUACAGACGCAUUGACUUUGACCAACAUGCUAGCCUCCACAUCAACACCGACUCUUUCCACCACUGUAUCAACCGUGACCGGCACAGGUCUUUCAGACCGUCAAGCCAAACGCAAAGCGGACAGCCUGUGCCGCGGACUAACUGAACUCUGUCUUGCACUGACAGAAGAACAGACCAUUUGCCAGCCAAGCAGCCAGCAGGAACAGACCCGGCCGACAAGCCGACAUCAAUCAACCAUUGACAGCCACGAAGUAGUUCACACCCGGUUUCGACGAAGCAUGAGCCAUGAGCUGAAAACUUCCAAUCAGCAAGAAGACCCUGGAUCGCGAUUGUUUAGUCACCGAGCAAAUACAAUCAAUCUGGGACCAUCAUCUGGACACAGAGAAUUAUCACAUGACGAGAAGGUCUCGCCGCAAACCCCAUCUUUGGCUGCUCCUCCCUCUCGUCUUCAUCGCCUGUCUGGGUCAAAUCGGCUGAAGCGUGAAGAUGACUCCGAGGAACGUAACCCUGUCUUCAACCGUACACUUCCAUCCCGGGCGAUGACAGAAGUUGGGGGUUACUCGCAGAACCAGCUCUCUCGCGAUGGUAUUGCAGCUGACUCACCGUCGACUCGUUUGUCUACCCCUUACCAGCAGACACUAUCUCAGCAAUCAAAGAUAUCCCCAUCCAUUCAGUCUUCGAUCACGCAGCGCCGCAGCUAUGCAACACCGCUGAGCGCCGGUUCGGGGAUCCCAUCAACAUCUGGCUUCAAGAUCCAGCCGGGAUUCCGCCGCUAUGGCGCAUCGACUAUGGCAGGUUUAUCGGAUCGUGGCACAUCCGAGAGUCCUCGUCAGGCAGGUGAAAACUCAGCACCUACUGCUUCCCACGCUUUGCAAAAUACACGGAUCUCCGCCCCGUCUAGCAAAAUGGCUACUAGUUACACCGCAAUACAGCAGCCUCGACUGCGUAGCGAAAAUGUCGUCUCUCGCCGGCUCAGUCUGCGACCACGCCCGUCGACGAUUGGCAUGAAUGGUGACCGUUGA